CGGUGAAGCAAAGAAAGGAGACUGUGAAUCUGAUGACCGCAAAAAAAGGAGACCGUGACAAAAAGGUGAUCGGAGAGUGGGGGAGAGAGAGAAGGUGUGUGUGUGUGUGAGUGAGCUUUCAUUUUGUUUAUAAUUUGGUAUAGAAGACUCACGUCAGCCUGUUUUACAGUGGAGAGAAGACAAGCAGAAGCAAUCAAUUUACCUCCCUCUCUCCCUCUUCUCUGUCUCUCUCUCUCUCUCUCUCUGGGUCGUGUCAAUUAUGGAAGUAUCUUUUAGGAUCUGAGUUGAGUCCUUUGGGCUCUGAUGCUUCUCUGUCUUGGGCAUUUUGGAAUGAGGAUUGAGAGAUUUGGUUGAGCAUGGUUGGCUGUUUUUGAGUCUCGCAAGUGAGCUUUUCUCGUGGGGAGAUCAGACAUUUCAAAUGGGUAUCUUGUUUAACUCCUUUUCGGGAUCGGUGGUAGUGAGUUCUUGAGCAGAUAACUAUUAUGAGAGACAUGGCGGGAGAAAUCGAAAAUCCUCUUGUUUGUGAAGACGGUUUUAUUCCAUCUGACUCCAUUUCAUUCGGGAGAUUUGAAGUGGAGUCCUUAUCAUGGGAGAGGAGGUCCUCCUUCACACACAAUCGAUAUCUUGAAGAAGUUGAGAAAUAUGCAAAGCCUGGUUCAGUCACUCAGAAGAAAGCGUACUUUGAAGCACAUUUUAAAAGGAAGGCUCUAAGACGCCUAGCUGCUGCAGAUUGCCAAAAUGAAACAGAUGACAGAUCAAGUGAAUGUGGUGAUCCUGAACACAUGAACUGUAUGGAAGAUUUCAAAGAUUUGGAUGAUGUUCGGCAUGCUCACUUUGAUCAAACACCUGACAUGUCAGAUGAAGAGAAGUUCAAUUAUAGUUCUUCACAUCAUUUGGAACUGACACGUAAGAAAGAGGAAGAAAACGUUUCUGAGGAUUUACAUGCAAAAUCUCAUCCUAUGAACACCUGUUUCGACUUUAUGCUGGAGGAAAAGGUCCAGUCCACAGCUGCUCCUCCACCAAUCCACCAUGUUCAGGUGGAACCUGACCCUCUCUUGUCUAUUGAAGAUAAUAGAGAUAAAGGAAGUGAGAAUGUACACUCCUUCAAACCACAAGACGUGGCUGAAUUAGUUGAAAUGUCAGGUUCUUCAAAGGACCCUAGUGAGAAUGUGGAGACUUGUAUUAUAAGUACAAAGGAAAUGAAGAAAUCUUCCUUCAAGGGAGAAGACAGUGUUGGACGGACUAGCAGUAAUUUGAAAAUCAAGCAAAGAUUGGCUGCGAACCGAAAUGUUUUGGGUAACUGGUCGAAGGUUGCCAGCAGAAAGCCUUCAGAGGAAGCCAUUCCGAGAAAGGCUGUAGAGAAAAUUUCCAAAACUUCAAUGAAAGAGAGGAAGAAGACAGAAUUAUCCACUGUCCGUACAAGAAAUGGAGUUGACUCGGUAAAGGUGGUGCCUUCCAACUGCAAUAGCAAAAGGCAGCAUUCAGGCACCUGUGACUCUGAGAGGAGAUGUUCUACGUCAGGAAUUUCAAAGGAGAAAACUUCACCAGCAAGGAUAUCCACCAUACAGAAACCCACACCAUCAAGAAAUUUGAAAGCAAAGACUACUGAAUUUACGAAGGCAAAAGUGAACCAAGAUGAUCGAAGAUGUAACCAAGAUAAAGAUGUCAGAGACAAGAAAGUUCGUGAUGUUGGUCAACAUGCUGCUCUAAAGGGGGUUAUGGAUGUUCACAUGUCUACAAACAGGCUUAAGCUGGAAACUAAAACAAAUGCCAUUUUUAACUUCAAAAGUGAUCAAAGGGCCGAGAAAAGAAAAGAGUUCUACCUGAGGUUGGAGGAAAAGCUUCAUGCAAAAGAGGUUGAGACGAACCAGAUUCAGGCAAGAAACCAGGAAGAGACGGAAGCAGAGAUUAAGCAAUUCAGGAAGAGUCUCAACUUCAAAGCAACUCCAAUGCCUGCCUUCUAUCUUGGUGCUGCACCAAGGCCCGCAGAUUUGAAAAAGGGUCCUGUAACUCGAUCACAAUCUCCAAGCCUAAAGAAGAAGCCUACAAGCAGCUCUGUAAGUUCUGCUUCACAGGAGAACUCCACUCUUCAUUCGGCCUUGCUGACCUCUGGAACAGUUGAUACUUGUACGAAACCGUUUGAUGAGGAAAGUUGUGAGAAAGAUUGUUUAGACAUCGCUAGUGCAACCAUUAGGAACGAGACAGAGGAUGGUGCUAAAGGCUAUUUGCUAAAUAGGAAAUCUGAGAGCAGCCAGAAAGAUAGAGUGAAGUCUAGCCAUCAUUACCAACAGCAGCAUCAUCAUCACCAAGUGCAUGGAACUGCACCAAAAGGGGAUAAGGCAAAGUCGCGAACGUUGAGGGGUGGAACCAAGGCAAUUAAUCAUGGUGUUAGGGGACGUUCUGGUAUGAUUCCUUUGGUUGCAGAUGUCGCUGUUGCUUCAUAGAUAUGAGAUAACUGCAUUUUUACGUUGUCGCUUGUCAUCUGGCUUAAAUUUGUUUAUCUAAUAAGCUAUAUUUUGUAAAAGCUCAAAAGAGAAUAAAUAAGAACAAUAUUAACGUGGUUCAAA